UAUUCAACAACAAGACAUCACCAGCAACAAGACAACAGAUCAACUGCUGUAAAAAGACAAAGAUGUCGGGCACUCUUCCUGAACCAAAACUGAAGAUUAUGCUCGUUGGAUUGACUGGAGAUGGGAAGACUUCAGUCAUGAACACCCUUCUGGGAAGAGAUCAAAAACAUGGACGCAGCGCUUCCUCACAGACAACAGAGUGCAAGAGGGAGACAGUAAAGCGUGGUGACCAAGAACUGGUUAUUAUCGAUACUCCGGGUGUGCUGAACACAGAGAAAAAAGAAGAAAAAAAGGUGAAGAAAGACAUCGCAGAAGUCAUCGCAGGUGCUGCUCUUGAUGACGGUCCUCAUGUGUUCCUGUUGGUGAUGCAGGCGAAGGUUUUUUCAGAGAAAGAUAAAGAAGCAGUGGAAAUCAUUCAGAAGAUCUUUGGUGAUGGGUUCGAAGAUUACACGUUGGUCUUGUUCACCUACGGAGGUAAACUUGUACCUACGUACAAAGAUGUGGAGAAGAUUGAAUUCCUUAAGAAGUUCAUUCAGGGAGAUCAUUCUGUUCAUUCUUUUGAAAAUAUUGAAUGUAAGAAUGUAAACGGUGAAGAAAAAGAAAAGCAAGUGUCUGAUCUAGUGGAGAAGAUCAACAAAAUGGUUGAAAAAAACAGGGAGCGAAAUGGGCCACGUUACACCAGUGACAUGUUGAAAAAGGCGCAGGAAAUCCAAAAACAAAUAGAGAAGGAAAUAGAGAAGUCAGAACAUAAUGGCACGAAUGAAGUUAUCAUGCGUAAAACAGUUGAGAAGUUUGUUAAUGAGGUGGUGGGCGAGCCAUUGGUAGGUUUAGUGUUCGGGAUUGUUAAAUUUGCCAUGGAAAAAGUUGCUAAAUGGGUCAAUAAAUCAAAAAAACGCUAAAAAAGUGUAUGACGUGAAUGAAUCUAUUUGUUUCUUUAGCUUUUUUUACAAUGAGUGAAUGAAUAGUCUAUUAUUCUAUGAUCUGAACUAUUGCUGAAUAAUUGCUUGGUUUUCCCAAUAAAUCAUGAUUUAUAGCCUAAUAAGGUUAAUAACAAUUAAAAGUAAAGGUAUUUGUGUGAAGAAAAAGCAGAAGUGCAGGUACUCAGGUACUGAGUAUGUUUGUUAUGCAACUUGAUUACUUCCCCGUGGAGGCAUGUGAGUUUGAUACAAAUUGUAUUUAGGGGAGAAACCUGAGUACAAGUGUCCUAGAUAGGAGAAUUAAACUAUCUAGGUUGAUGCAUUUAUUUAAACCAAUCACACAAAGAAAGAGAAGAGGAAAUCAGGCGGAACUUCCGGCAGCUCCGGAACCAUCCGGUAAAUGAGCCAUCGUCGAUCCAGAGUACAGAUGUUGACAUCCAACCCUGUAUUACCAUUAAUUAGAUUAAUUAAUUAGAAACUGCUUAAAAAUGAUUUAACAUCACAAUUGAUAAAUGUGCUGUUAUGUAAGCCAGUGUGUAAUGGAGGCUGCUUUUCAAUCAUUAGAAAAGCAGAGCCUUCCCAAAGAGCUGUUAGAUGAUUCACCGAAUAUGUCUUAUGAUUGUACUUGUCUUAACUUUUGGGAAUUUUGUAAUUGCUUGCAACAAAGACAUACCUGGUUUCUAACAGUAACUGGUGAUGUAAAGCAAGAAGUUGGCUUUGUCUACGUCUAAAGUGUAUGCCAAAUUGAUAUUUUUCGCAUGCAUGUACAUCCUUAUGUGUAAAAUGACAAUGUUGAACAUUUGAGAAUUGAGGUUUGAAUGGAGGACUUCUGUUGCAUGUCAUCUGCCCACUCUUUCUCCCUAUGCUCUGCUCAUAUACACAAUUCAAUAAAGUAAAAUGCAAUAAUGAAUGCAUGAAAUUAUGCAGCAAUAAUUAAAUAUUAACAGACAUUACAUUCCUGUACUCUAUCUAAAGACAAAUAUUAAGGUGUGGGGUUUUAAAUCAUUGGUGUCAAUAUUAAUUUUCUUUAUCAGCAAAUAAAAUCAAACUAAACUCUACAGUAUUUGUGUGUCUAUUUUUUUCCUGUGAUUUGUUACUGACUUUCAUUUUAA